UUGUCGUUCUAGUUUGAAACGACAUGGCUGCAAUAUCAGCGAUUUACAUAGAUAUGACUGCUGACCCUGCUGAAGCGAUCGCUCUGGCAUCACCAACUGUGGGCAUCAUCUGGAUUGUCUACUACGGACUGGUGGCGAUAGCUAUAAACAUCUGCGCGUUUAUGGCGCCAUCUAAGAUGAGGGCCAUGUUUGGCUUUAUGAAUCGCAUACAGCAGAUCAAUUUGGAAAUAAACGGCAAUAACUCCGAUCAGAGAGACAAGUGGUUCGUUGUCGUUGUGAUAAUGGAUCUUAUCCUUCACACGGUGCUGACUUCCUACGACUGCUCAGUCUUAUUUCGACGAGAUAAGAUACGAAAUAAGAUUGAAACCUUCAUAAGGAGUCUGUUCGUGAGUCACUACUUGGUAUACUACAACCAGAUAUUCAUCAUUAUGAUGUUCCAACUGCACGUACUAGCGUUGCAAACUGCUCUCAAAACUAUUAACGAACACUUGGAGCGAAUGUUCUAUGUCAUCAGGAAUAAAGGUUUCCAAAACGCAGAAGAUGUCGAUUUGUUCAAAAGGUAUGAAAUUCCUUUUGAGUCAAUGGUACCUUUAAAAUCUCUGAAUGCCGCCAUUGAUCGAAUAUCGUACACCGCUCACAGGUUACCAAGAAGGAGACCUAUCCAUGAGACGCUCCGCGCCAUCACCCACUCGUACUUGGAUAUAUGCAAACUGAUUGAGGAUGUCAACAGAACCUUUGGAACAGUUAUCCUGGUGCUACUUCUGACCAGCCUAGUCCAGUUGGUAACCAUGGGUUACUAUGCAUUCAUGACUAUAUAUUCGAAACGUAUGCUGAAGAUGCAAUUGGUGUGGUGUCUGCGACAUCUGUUGACCAUACUGCUGUUGACUGAACCCUGCCACUGGACAUAUCAGGAAAUGAUGCGCACGCGUCAUCUGACGGAGCAGCUAACCUGCGGAACAGCCACGGUCAUGGGACCUUUCGCAGCCAUGUUGAAUAAAUUCUUCUACUGCCUCUGCUUGAACAAGACGUCAUUUUCUCCGUUGGGAGUGUGCACUCUAACAAGAUCUAUUAGUGCUGCUAUACUGGGAUCAAUGAUAACUUACUUAGUUAUUGUCAUACAGUUCAACUUAGACACAGAUAACGAAGGCUAAAAUCUAACAUAACAUAAAUGCUGGAUUUAAGACUAAAUUAAGUAUAGAAUAUAUAUUUUAUGAGAUGACAUAAUCACUUGUGAUUAUCUCAUUGGCAAAUAUAAAUUUUUAUCUACUAUCAUUGUAUUUUUCCAACUGAU